CAAAGUAAAACCACUCUACAUGUAUAUCAAUCAGAACGUUGCAUUCUUUCUUGAACAGAAUUAUAAUUUUCUUUACAUACAAAAUUUUUGCUUUUAACAAAUUUUUACUCGGAAAUAACAUGGAACAUAUUUGUGACACGUCUGCAAUGUCGCACGUCAACCUGGAUUCUGACCCUACUUACAUGAAAUUGUACAGCUUUGAAAAAUUUCCAAAGACAUGGAGAAUUUGGGGAUGGUGUAAUUGGACGGUGGGAAUUUACGCGUCGAUUCUGUACCUGGUCAUCCUCUUGGUUGGAAUUCGUCUCAUGAAAAAUAGACCGCCAUUUAGACUGCAAAGUGCCCUAAUCGGAUGGAAUCUUGGUCUUUCUGCAUUCUCAGUUAUUUUUUUCUCGAGAUCUCUUCCCGAAAUUAUCAACGCCAUCUCGUCCGCCGGGGUAUUGAGAUCAUUUUGCAAAUUAGAGAAUCCCAGCUCCGCAACAUAUUUUUGGGGCUUGAUUUUCUGUAUUUUUAAAAUCAUUGAGUUUGGUGACACGGCUUUUAUUGUGUUAAGGAAACAGAAGCUUAUAUUUCUCCAUUGGUAUCACCAUUUGACCGUUUGCAUAUACGGUUCGUUCGUAUGGAGCACUUAUGAUCCUGCGGGACGCUAUUUUUACUGCAUGAAUGCCUUCGUCCAUGCCAUCAUGUAUUUCUACUACGGCCUUCGGGCGGCAAAUAUGAAACCCCCAAAAUAUCUCUCCAUUGUGAUCACCAGUAUUCAAAUUAUGCAGAUGUUUGUCGGGAUUGUGAUUAGUCUUUUCACUUCGUACGUAAUUCUCACUGGAGGGGAAUGUGAUCGACCAUGGUCAAAUAUUGGGGUCGCAUUGGCAAUGUAUUUCUCAUAUUGUGCAUUGUUUCUGAAUUUCUUUUAUCAACGAUAUUUGAGAAGUGCGAAAAAAAUGAAGGUAAUGUGAUGAAAAUGAAAUGUUUUUUGUAAGGAUUCGGAACAAAAUUUAAAAUUAUUGCUGUGAAAAAGGGUCCAAUUGAGACCGAAUUUUUUAAGUAUAUACAUUUUUUAUGCAAUAAAGUAUGACAUACUAA